CGCCCCGUUGCCGUCGCCCUUCCCCGCGCUUCUUGCCCCGCACUCGGUCAGUGUCCGGGGUUGCAGACCCCGGCGACUGAACGUCCUUGGCCCCGCCCAGCGACGGCGGCCGGGCUGGCGCGGGUUCGGCCUGGCAGAGGGAGGGCCUGGGCGGUGGGAGGGGGCUUACCUUUCCCUCUCUCACCCUCCGCCGCCCGAAGCGGGAGGAAGAAGCCGCGGCGAAGUCCCUGGGCGGCAUGGCAGAAGUUCCGGAUGAGCGCGAGCCGGGCCCGGUGGCAGCGGAGCCGCUGCCGCAGCAGCACGUCGGGUGCCAAGUCUUCUCCGAGCGGCUGGCUCAGCAGACGCCACCGCAAGGGUUCCUCUCCAGUUUCUUCACCAACAACCAGAAGUGCCAGCUUAUGCUGUUGAAGACGUUGGCGACAAAUCCAUAUGUCAAACUUCUGCUUGAUGCCAUGAAGCAUUCAGGCUGUGCUGUUAACAAAGACAGACACUUUGCUUGUGAAGACUGUAACGGAAAUGUCAGUGGAGGUUUUGAUGCUGCAGUGUCUCAGAUUGUUCUGUGCCAGAAUAACAUCCGUAAUCAGGCCCAUAUGAACAGAGUGGUCACCCAUGAGCUCAUUCACGCCUUCGAUCACUGCCGCGCUCACGUCAACUGGUUCACCAAUGUCAGACACUUGGCCUGCUCUGAGGUUCGAGCUGCUAACCUUAGUGGAGACUGCUCACUUUUAAAUGAAAUAUUCAGGUUGCAUUUUGGAUUAAAACAACACCAUCAGAAAACCUUCAAAUUUUGUGUAGUUUCCUGUUGCCUCCAGGGGAGAUUCCCCUCUCAGAGGAAAAGUUAUCCAGCGAUGGUCAGCUAUGAAAAACUGAGAGAGAGAAAGACUUGUGUGCGAGACAGAGCCAUUCGUUCUAUCCUGGCUGUUAGGAACAUUAGCAAAGAAGUGGCUCAGAAAGCUGUUGAUGAAGUUUUUGAGUCUUGUUUCAAUGACCAUGAACCUUUUGGAAGGAUCCCUCAUAACAAGACCUAUGCAAGAUAUGCUCAUAGAGACUUUCAAAACCGGGAUCGAUACUACUCAAAUAUAUGAAGACAAUGAUAUUUUAUACUAUAGAGCUUCAGUGGUCAUGAAGAAAGUAUGGUUCCUAAGCGGACAAACAUAAACGAUCAAUUAAAUACACGGAAGACACAGAAGAUGCUGAUUCUAACAUCAGAAAAAGUAACUGUGGUGAGAAACGAAAUUGCCUUAAAUGCAAACAUUGUAUCUUUGUAGCUUUGGAUCUUUAUUUACCAGUUGGUAAAUAGAGCAAAUAAAUUGUUCAUUUAAAAUUUUCUACAA